UCAUCUGACUGUUUAUUUCGUAGCACAAGUCCGUGUAGUGAAACGGAUGGUGUACGUUUCUUUUAAAGGACGACUAAAAACGUUACAGAGAGAAGUUGUUUUAAGUUAUUGGCUUCUAAGGUUGAAUUCCCUUUGAGAUAAAGGGUCAGCCAAGAUGACAUUCAAUCCGGGUAUUAAGGCUCUUCUCAGCUGGGUCAACAGCAUAAAACUGUCCGACCGAGAAAUUAAUAUCGACGAUUUACAAGAUGGGACACUUUUACUUAAAGUUGUUCAUAUGCUGAAAAAGGACCCCAACCCCUCCUUCAGUAAUUCCACUGAAGAUCGGUUCAAGAUUGUUGCUGACUUUGUGGAAAGAGAUUGCAGAUUUAAUACAGCAAAAGGCACUUCAUUAUCCUGGGACAACAUAAGAGAUGGCAUCAACCUAACAGUAGAAAUUGCAAAGGUGCUUUUGUUGCUCGUAUACCACGACAUGAUGAAUGACAGAUGUACACUAAACGCGUUGGAAUGCGAUGUGGAGCGAGAGAUUGCAAACCUGACUUGUAGUUUUGUGAUGGAGAGUGAGGGCUGUGUUUAUCUGAGCAGUGCGCUUGAGGCCUAUCUGGCAUUGAAACGUUUGCCUGUCGACAGUGAAAUAUUUGAUCGACCGGUAACCACCUCUACCUCCAAUGCGUCGUCUAGCUCUGUGUUCUCAGAUGACGAGUCCCCCAUGUUCCACCGCACACAGAAAAUCACAUUUGUGGACAUGCAAACAGUGGCCUCUUCCUCAGUCAGCAAUUCUCCUCUGCAAGAUAUUAUGAACACACCCAAAUUUCAGAUGAGGAAGAUGCAACGACAGAUGAUCAAGGAGAGAGACUACAGAGAUUUGUUGGAGAGGGAGCUGGCUAGCAAGUUAGCACUUGUUACACAGAAAGAAUCCCAUAUCAAUCAGUUGCAGUAUCGUCUGGAUAAGCUGAAAGGAGAACAAGAUGACAGGGAGCAGGUUGCCAGGGAACAAAUCAAUGAGUUUGAGACCAAGAACACUACGUUACAGAUGCGUAUUAAUGAGAUGUUAAAGCAAAAUAAAGACUUCAAGAGUAACUCUUCACUCAUGGAGCGUAAAGUGGAUGAGUUGACAGACGAGAAUGGUGUGCUCUCCUCCCAGAUGAGAGCAGUGUGUUCAGAGCUGUCCAUCUUUAAGGCUGAAGUUGACAGGCUGACAGAAACCCAAGCAUCUGAUCAGGAGGAGUGGAGAACCAAAACAGGACACCUACAGAAUGAACUCAACCAAGCUACCUCUCAAAAGGAGCUCCUGACUGAACAAAUUCAGAUCCUCCAGGGAAAGAUUUCCUGUUUAGAGGAAGAAAUAAGCAGGGCCACUAAGGAAGAAGUAGGAGAGAAUAUGGGGCCUGUAAUGGAGAGAGAAAUGUUGGAGAGUGAAAUCAACGAUUUGAAGAAUGACCUGGAGAGCACAAUUGGCUCCCUGAACAAGGCGGAGGUGGAGAUUCAGGCCAAAACACAGCAGCUCACAGAGUAUCAACAAGAAAUUACUCAACAGAAAGAACUCCUGGAGCAACAAAAGUCCCAAACUGAGGAAAUUAUUCAAGCUAAGGAUGAAAUUUUUGACAAGUUGCAAAAGGAGAUCGCUGAGCAGAGAGAAGUCCUUCAGCAAAAGAUCCAGGAUCUCAAGUUUCAACUUGAGCAGGUUGAGCUGCAGAAAACCGAGCAGACAGUCAGACUGCAACAGCAUGUUGCUGCUUGUGAACAGGAAAUUGAAAAACUAAAGGAAAUUAAGAAAGAGAAGGAAGACCUCCUUAACCAGACUGAAGAACGGGUGAAAGAUCUUGAGACAAAGUUAUCUGCUGUCAGUGCUCUUCUCGCUGAUAGAGAUCAACAAAUUGACAGUCUCAGAGAAGAAGUUGAUGUUCUUACAGAUGAAAACAAAAAAACCAAAGAUGAAAUUCAAGCCAAAGAGGAAAUGCUUGCCCAAUUAGUUCUGGAGAAAUCAAAUCAGCAAGAGAUUCUUCAGAAUAAAAUCCAGACCUUAACUGUCCAAGUGGAAGAUAUUAGCUCAUCUCUCAAACAAGCUGAACAGGAAAUUCAACUUAAGCAUGACCUUCUGGCUAAAACCCAAGAGGAGAAUAUCGAACAAAGGGAGGUACUCCAGCAACAGAUUAUAACCUGUGAGGAGGAGGCUCGGAAGCUAAAUGUAGAGAUACAGGUAAAAAAUGAGCAGCUUGUUAUCCUGACUAAUGACAGCUCCAAGCAGUCUGAAUUACUGCAGGAAGAGAUCAGAGGUCUAAAAGGCCAAGUAGAAAGUCUGCAUGACUCUCUCAGAAAGGCUGAGGAACAUGUUCAGUCUCAACAGGUGAUGCUUACAAAGCAGGAGCAGGAAAGCGUUCAUCAAAAAGACCUCCUGCAGCAACAACUGUCUGCUUCUGAAGAGAGGGUAAUUGGCAUGAAGGAGGAGAUCCAGACUAAAGAGGAACAGAUUACUUUGUUGAAAAAUCAGUAUUCAGAGCAGUCAGAACAACUACAUCAAGAGAUCCAAGGUUUAGAGAAGCAGGUGGAGAGUCUCAGUUCCUCACUGAAGAUGGCUGAGGAGAAUUUGCAGUCCAAGGAAAAUCUGUUUGCCAACGAGCAACUACAGAGUACUAAGCAUAUUGAGGUGCUCCAGAUGGACAUGGUAGCAUCUCAAGAUGAGGUGAAGAGACUAAACUCAGAGAUCCAUGCUAAGGAGGAGCAGUUAAGUCUGCUUAAGAAAGAGAGCUCUACACAUUCUGAAUUGCUACAGCAGGAGAUCGAAUGUCUGAAUAAACAAAUCAAAAGUAUGAGUGAUUCUCUACAAAUGGUCAAGGAUCAGGUUCAAGCCAAAGAAGAUCUGAUGGCCAAGCAGGAGGAGGAGAGCACUUUGCAGAUUGAGGCUCUUAGAAAGGAUAGUAUGGCCCUUGAGGAGGAGGUUAAGCUGCUGAGGGAGGAGAUCCAAACUAAAGAGGGACAGGUGAACUUGUUAAAGAACGAGAGCUGCAAGCAAACAGAAGUGCUACAGAAUGAGAUCCAAAGUCUCAGGGACCAGGUCCAAAGUUUGAGUGAAUCCCUGAAGACUGCAACAGAGCAAGUUCAGGCUAAAGAAGACUUCUUGGCAAAGAAAGAAUUGGAGAUUUCUCAGGAAAGAAAUAACUCUGAAGAGGAGAUAAAGGGGCUUAGGGGGCAGAUCGAGACUAAAGAGGAACAGCUCGUCACACUGAAAAAAGAGGGCUCUGUACAUUCUGACAUGCAACAGCGAGAGAUCCAAUCUCUCAAAAACCAACUAGAUGAUAUGUGUGUCUCUCUCACAAAAGCUGAGGAGCAGGUUCAGACUCAGCAAGCUUUGCUUACCAAGCAGGAGGAGGAGAGCACUUUGCAGAUUGAAGCUCUUAGAAAGGACAGUGCGGCCCUUGACGAGGAGGUUAAGCUUCUGAGGGAGGAGAUCCAAACUAAAGAGGGACAGGUGAACUUGUUAAAGAACGAGAGCUGCAAGCAAUCAGAAGUUCUACAGAAUGAGAUCCAAAGUCUCAGGGACCAGGUCCAAAGUUUGAGUGAAUCCCUGAAGACUGCAACAGAGCAGGUUCAGGCUAAAGAAGACUUCUUGGCAAAGAAAGAAUUGGAGAUUUCUCAGGAAAAAAAUACAUUCCAAAACUUGAAAGCAACCUCUGAAGAGGAGAUAAAGGGGCUUAGGGAGCAGAUCCAGGCUAAAGAGGAACAGCUUGUCACACUGGAAAAAGAGGGCUCUGUACAUUCUGACUUGCAACAGCAAGAGAUCCAAUGUCUCAAAAACCAACUAGAUGAUAUGCGUGUCUCUCUCACAAAAGCCGAGGAGCAGGUUCAGACUCAGCGAGCUAUGCUUACCAAGCAGGAGCAGGAUGGUGCUCAGCAGAAAGAGCUUCUACAACAACAGCUGGCAGCUUCUGAGGCAGAGGUGAGGAAGAUGAAAGAGGAGAUCCAAGUUAAAGAGGAACAGAUGAUACUGCUGAGAACUGACAGCUCAGAGCAAUCUGAUUUACUACAUCAAGAGCUCCAAAGUUUAAAGAAACAGGUUGAGACUCUUGACUCCUCACUGAGGAAGGCUGAGGAAGAUGUUCAGUCCAAGGAAGAUCUGUUGGCUCAGCAACAGCAAGUAAAUACUCAACAGAAAGAGUCAAUCCAGAGCCUACAGGAGCAAGUACAACAAAACAAAAUUCUGCAGGAACAGAUUCACUUGUGUGAAGAAGAUAUUCAAAAGCUAAAAGAAUCUCAUAGUGAGAAAGAGAGCCUCCUUCUCAAGGCUGAAGAGAAGCUUGAAGUUCUCCAGACAGAGUUGUCUGCUGUCAACAUCCUCAUAGCUGAAAAAGAUCAAAACCUCAACACUCUCAGAGAGGAGGUUGCUGCAAAAGCUAACUUGGUCCAAAAAGCAAAAGAGGAGGCUCAAACCAAUGAGAAAAUGCUGUCAAAGACACAAGAGGAGAACUCUAAACAGAGAGAUGUUCUUCAACAGGAGAUCCAGGAUCUGAAAGGGCAAGUGGAAACCAUUUCUCUAAAACUUGUGACUAAAGAGCAGCUGUUACUUGAAACUCAGCAGGGGUCUGCUCAGCAGAUAGAUAUCCUCCAACAGCAGCUCUUUUCAGUAAAUGCAGACCUGAACCAACACAAAGAGACACAAGCCACAGCCCUCAGACAGAAAGAAGCUGAACAGGAGAUUCAGGCUACCACUCUCAGGGAAAAUGAGCAUCUUGUCCGGGAAAAAGAAGUACUCAUGGCCAGGAUACUCCAGGCAGAAAUGGAUCAGCAAGCUCUGGAGAAAAAAGUUGAAGCCAUGGUCUUUGAGAAGGAGAGGCUUGUUAAAAACAAGGAGAUCUUAGAGAGGGAGAACAUAGCCUCCUGCAAACUGGAAGCUGUGCUACAGCAGGAGCUUGAAUUAUUGAAAAUGGAGAAAGAGAGACUCUUAAAAGAGAAAGAAAAAGCUGAAGAAAGCGAGAUGCUAAAGAAAGACCUGCAGGAACAGCUCUUAGCUAAAUCUGAGGCUGCACAACACUACAAGGCACAGAUGGAGAAGGCAGUGAGUCAUUACAAUGAGAAGAAGAAGCUUCUCCAGCAUAGCCAAGAGGAGGUGGAUGGACUCAAGCAUUCUUUGGAUGAGAGAGAGCGUGAAGUGAAGGCUAUUACAGUGGAAAACAAGUGUCUUCAACUGGAUCUGGAAGAGGCCAAAAGCAAGGAGAAGACACUUUUGAAAACUGUGGCCAGUUUGGAGGCACAGCUGGCCUAUGCUGACCAUAACCUGCGGGCACACAAUAAGAUUCCCGGAAAUGAAGGACAUGCGUCAGAGUCGCAGUACUUUGAGGUUCCCAAAGCACGCUUGAGUGUUCACACUAGAGUUCAGGUGAGGAGAACCUUGAGCUCUGACAGCCUGGACCAGAGCUCUCUGGAAGACUCUCUGAACAACACAAGGAAACUUUCAGCGCCUGACGAAUCAAGCACACCGCUUGUUCGCAGUUCAGAGCGCCUGGCAGCCAAGCGCCGGGGUCUACAUGCUGAGUCUCUGGAAACUUUGUACUUCACACCUAUUAACACCAGACAGGUUAACAGGACCAGUGCAGAGCACAAAAUGGAACUGGAUUCAGCAUGUAAAAAUGCAUCUUCAUCUGUCAAACGACGUAGGACCACGCAGGUUAUAAACAUCACCAUGACUAAGAAAACUCCAGGACGCAAUGAAGGUGAUGAGACUUUCUACAGCGUGGCCUCAUCUCGCUCCCAGCCGAACCUCUCCAGUACCCACGCUGCACGACCCGUGUCUAUGGAGCUUUUUGACACACCUGCCAAAGUGGCUGGAGCUGGCAGCGACCAGCUCAUCGGCCUGCCAGGUUAUCGACGGAGCACGAUACAUUCACAGACUGCUAGUACAUUCUGUGUGGGGGCAGAGAACGAGCCAGACGGUGCACCUGAUGACUGGAUGAGGAUUGCUGAGCUCCAGGCAAGGAACAAGGCCUGCCUUCCUCAUCUAAAGAGCAGCUACCCUGUGGAGUCUGAGUACUGCCGCACCGGUGCGUUCAUUUUCACAGACGAAGAGCUCCGUACCGGUGAUCCGUCUGAAACAAUCCGGCGGGCGUCUGCAUUGCCCAGUCAGCUGCAAGACUCUCUCGCCUCUCAUCGCCACUCCCUCAUGGUGGGGCAGAUGGGUCCCGCAGCCAGUACUCGUUCUCACCGUCUGUCCUUGAUGCCAGGCCAGCUGCCGUCCAGAACUGUCAGCUCCUCUCAGUUGAGAAGCCCCAAAGCCACAAAGCGCUCUGCAUCUACGUUAUCUCUACAUCAAACUUCGCCUGAGAAAAAGUAUAAGGCCAGCUGCUUCCCCCGUCCCCUCACUCCCAAAAAUAAGAACGUGAACAGUGGAUCUUCCAGCUCUCAACUUCGUCCUGCCCUCAGCCCAGCUGACCGCAGGCAGUCUAUGAUGUUCACUAUCGACAACACCCCUAAAAACAACAACUACCUAAAGAAAAGUCUAAACAAACUGCGCAGUUCCACCCGGAAAUCCCCGGGCACAAAUUCAAAGAAGACACCCGCUCAGACUGCGCGCAAGUGUCAGGAAAAUCUGCCCGCAGGAAAGUCCCGCGCUGGAGUGGAACGAGAAGGCAGAGCUGGCAGCUUUAAGUCACCCCAGGUUUCAAUGAAAGGACAGAAGAAGUCUCCUCAAGCCACCAGCAGGACUUCAAAGCCUCAAGGACUCACAGCUAGUGCUCGCAAGAAGUGUGUAUCUAUAAAGGAAGAAAAUCUUGCUGAAGUCUGAAAAGAUGAUGGGCAGGAUGAAGGUGUGAGGACUCGUUCCGAAAUUGGAGUUCUGAUCUGAUACUUUUAUUACUUUUUUUUUCAAAACAGUUAAUUUUUACUGUUGUCCUUCAGGACAAUCUUAAUCUUCCUUUUUUAUUUUCUCUGUAUUAUAUUUACAUGUUUGUCAAUAAAAAGACUUAAAUGGCA